CCCUUUGGUGCUUGCUCCUCGGUCGCACUCGCGCAAGGAUCAUGCUUGCUUGGUCAAUUUUUGUUUAUCUAGCAAAUUCCUAGCUCGUUAUAAACUGAAUGUGACCGACCAAACUUGGCAACUCUUGCUUGCUUAAGAAAGAAGGCGGAGCUGCUUAAACUUCAAAAGAACCGCAGCUUAACCCACGGAGUGCUCUUGAGCUGAGCUUGAUAAACAAUUGACCAAUCAGGUGAAGCAUUGUUUGACAAAUAAGCAGGCUGUUGUUCUUUCAAUGUGACCAGAUCCCACUUGCUCCAAUCUCUAGCACAUGUUUGGGUUUGCUUGUCUGACGUCACAAGCAAGCAUGCUUCAGAGCGAUUUCAAGAGCGAGUGCGACCGAGGGGUGUGCCAUAAUACUUCAGACGUACGCGUCUAUCCAACAACAGGGAUGAAAUCCGUUGCAUUUGCCCUUGUAUAUUUAGCAAUUCAAGGAGCCUCUUCCCUCAGAUGUUAUGACUGCAGCCCUGGCAGCAACAGCACCACUGCUGGGUCAGCAGUCAUCUGCAGCAAACCAGGACAGAUUAAGGAAUGCAGCUCAGGCUUCAAUUCCUGUUCGAUCAUAAAAAUCACCAGUGAUGAAUUGGACAUGUAUCUCCUCCAAUGCUUUUUGAAAUCGUUAUGCAGUGAAGCGGAAAGGAACCGUUUCUGUGAAACGAUAACCCCUCAAUGUCUCCAUGGUGCUAGCUGUGAAAUGUCAUGCUGUCAAACUGAUUUGUGUAACAAACCCAAAGAUUCCUUGGCCUCCCCAACCGGCGGCACUGACCUAUUCAGCCCCAAAGGAGGUACGUCGAGUCAUGUUCCGGCGAAUGCCUCCACAUCUGUUUUUCCGAGUGUGAUAGCAGUGGCACUCGUGGGUGUGAUUUGGACACUUUGCUAACAAUUCGCACAAAGAUAAGAAAAAGUGAGACCACUUCCUAAUGAUUGCAGAGUGUAAUUCCGAAACGGUUUCCCGAUGUGAUCGGCUCAGUCAAAACUUAUCAAAUAAAUAAAAUCGCUCCAAGUUUCCUUGA